AUGACUCGACGGGAGGUAUCUGCUUCUUUCUGAAUUUCUGAAUAUUCGUUGAAUUUCAGGGAACAUAUCCAGAGUUCAUCGAGUUGGCGGGGGCUAGCAGAAGAGCUUUGAUAAUUAUCUAUAACACGACGUCUGCAAUGAGAAUCUCUCAAAUGGAGGCGCUGGUGAACGGAUCAACGAGCAGCGAAUGUCAAAGGGCUUUCAACCGAUGGAAAAACUCGGUUCGAAGAAAUAACAUCGAAAAAAAAAUAAUAAAACCAAUUGUUUUAGUCGACUUCGAGAUCUUCUCAGCCAAGUGGAGAUCUGUUGGUGAGUGAAAUAGCUGAAUUAAAGCGACAAAUCGGAAUAUUUUCCUACUAGUAAACUUCAAAAUUUACUCAUAGGCAAAGUCGGAAACGGUGGAAAAAGGCUUCAUAGAUAAUGUUCCUUUUAGGAUGAUGAAGGCUCCCUUUUCGCUGCCUUUUUGAGCCAUUUCAUCGGCUCUUAUGCACCAUUUCUUGAGCCUUCCCAGAAGAAAGGCUCGGAAAAGGGACUCUUUCUGCCCCCUUUUCUGAGCCUCUCCCUUUUAGCGGCCAUUAUCGGACUUUGCACAAGUUUUAUGAGUGAUCGAAAUUUUAUAAUUGCACGAAAGAGGCUGUCUACAAAACGCGCCUUUACUGAUCAGAAAACAAAAAAAAAAGAACGUCGUUUCUAUUUAUAAAAAAAACACACUUCAGAAUUCGGAACUUUUCAAAGAUCUGCCGGCGCAACUUCGGCCCUACUUCAAAGGCAAAACCAGCAAAGAGAUCAUGAUUUUCCUCGAAAAUAAUUUGUCGAAAGCCGACAAGGCAACUCUCGAAUUGUUCUAUGACUGGAUGGAGAAGGUAUGCAUUGAAAAUUUAUGUACAAGUCGAUCAUUAAUGAUUUCUUUGCUUGGACCAGAAAAGGUCCGAGCAAAGAUUUCCGAUUAUCAAUAAAUUAGUUGUUUGGGCCAAAAAAAGUCCAACUAUCUACCAAAUUUUUGCUUGGAAAAGAAUGAUUCCAUCAUCAAUCAAUUACUUGCUUGGGCCAAAAAAUCCCAACUAUCAAUCAAAUUCUUGCUUGGACCUUCGAUUAUUAGACAAUAAUUUGUUUAGGCCAAAAAAUAUCAGUUAUCUACCAAAUUCUUGCUCGGACCAGAAAAAGUUCAACUAUAAAUCAAUUCAUUGUUUGGGCCGAAAAAAUCCCAACUAUCUAUCGAAUCCUUGCUUGGACCAGAAAAAAUUCAAUUAUCAAUCAAUUAGUUGUUUGGGCCAAAAAAGUCCAACUAUCUACCAAAUUCUUGCUUGGGCCAAAAAAAUCUAACUACCUACCAAAUUUUUGCUUGGACCAGAAAAAAUCCAAUUAUUAAUCAUUUACUUGCUUGGGCCGAAAAAAUCCCAACUCAACCAAAUCCUUGCUUUGACCAGAAAAGUCCAAUUUUCUACAGAAGUUCCCCGGUUGGAAACGUCCGGAGACCUGGCCACAAUUCGUGAUGCUUUCAACGGCGGACACGAAGAAAAAGCUGAUCGACUUGCUCGAAAAUCAGGAUUUGACGAAGGAGGUCCUUCAGGAAUGCUUGAAGCUUGCCAUUUCCAAUGAGAGCGAGCAUGUCAAGUUCGAAUACCAGCUUUGGGAGCUAGUGGUGAGUUUUCAGUGUUACGACGAGAGCAAGCUUCUCCUGAAGAAGUCUGUAUGUGAAAGUCCGCAUCCUAAGGCGUUCGCAUUUUUGUGUUUGCACUUGGGGGGAUUCAUUGUUAACUUUAUUUUUCGAAAACUAAACAGAAACGAGAACGAUUUCGAAUAAAAAAAAAUAAUUCAGUAAAACUGGGAGAUGGGCCACUCACAAACUGCAAACACCCAAUGUCUAAGAAUGCGGACCUUCACAUACAGUACUCCUUGGAAACGGAAAAAGUCGUAUCACCUAUUUGUUCAACUCAAACGCUUCGAUUCCAAUCAAAAAGGUUCAGAACUCGGAUGAAUAUCCAUUUUUGAAAUUGGUAAUCGAUUCGAAAGAGCAAGAGAGACUGGUGCGGAUCCUGGCCGACCCCAAUGACGAGGUCGACGUCAAAAUCCAAAAACUGAGAAUUGCAAUCGACAGCCUCGGGAACGAGCGUUUGAGAAUGGUCUUCAAUUCUUGGGAACGCGACUUCUACGAUAGGGUUGGUUCAGGCCAUGUUAAAUUUAGUGAAUGAUAACUUUGAUCAGAAUUUGUCUUGAGGAUAUUUGGAAUGUUUUCAGAGCGACAACAGAGAGUCUGGGAGAUCCUUACCAAAAUGGGAGCUACCGAAAUUCUUCGGACAGUGAGUCAAAAGUUUUGGCCACAAGAAGAGUACGAAAAAAAAAACAUUAUUAAUCACAACUUUGUUGUAUGGAGUUAGAUCUUUCUGGAGUUGUGAUGACUGUUAUUUGUGAAACUCUAAUGGAAUUCCAGUUAGCAGAAAAAAAACGCAGCUUCUGAGAGCUUCAUAAAGAUUGAACGGAAGUUGUGAGCAAAACAUUUUUUUUUCGUAUCUUUUCUGACGGGGUACAUUGAUUAAUGCAUUUAUCUAACUUCUGGAACGCUAACAGUGUAUAGCCCCCCAGAUACCGCAACUACAGUACUCCAAGCUAAUUUUUACCAGCGAUACUGUAUUAGAGGGAGUACUGUAGUUGUGGUGUAUUAGUGGAGGCUACCAACUACUAACGCUCUAAAAUUUCAGGCUGCAAAAAACGACGAAUGUUUUGGUUUUGGGAGAAACUGGUGUCGGUAAAUCGACGAUGAUCAACGGUUUAAUCAACUAUCUGAACUUCCAAACGCUGUCCCAAGCCGCCGACGCAACAGGCGGCCAUCACGUCCUUAUCGAGAGCAGCUUCACGCAUUACGAUCAAAAUGUUCGUUUUUUGAUCGAGUUUUCAGGGAAAUCGGGUUUUCGCGCUUCAUUUUCGAUAUGGCAACGCCCUUAGGCGAAUAGUUGGGUUAGGCUGAAGCUUAGAAGUUCUUCAAUAUAGUUAUUAUCUCAUUUUUAUGCGGAAUCAAGUAAUUCUACUUCACAGCCAGGCUUGUGCGAGUGCUGAGUUGAAAUAGGGUUAAUAAUAAUAAUAAUAGGUUUAUUCACUGCAUACUGUUAGAAAAUAAGAGUUAAAAUAGUUGAGAAUAAGAGAGCAGAAGGAUAACCAGUAACGGGAAUUAGUCCACCCUAACGAGUAGACUAUGACCCGGGGUUGAAAUAGAGAGAGUCCCAAGCUUCCAUUGAGAUAAUUUCCAGUAUUGUUAAUCUUGAUAAACCCAAAAACUUGCUACAUAUUUCUUUUUUUCAGAGGACGAAAACGACGGUCCACGUUCUGCCGACAACCACAGACCCGAAUGGUCAAAAUCGUUCGAAUGAGAACCUGAUGAGUUCGGGCGAAUCUGCGACCCAGGAGCCCAAGGACUACAUCUUCGAGUACGACCAGAACGGGACAAAAAAAGAAAUCCGGUAAUUACUGACGGCAUAACUUCAAAUCGAAAAAGGAACUCAGAAUCAUCGACACGCCUGGUAUCGGCGACACCCGCGGCAUCGAACAGGACCGCAAGAACUUCAACAAAAUCAUGCAGUUUUUGAGUUGCAUCGAUGAGCUGCACGCCAUUCUGAUCCUGAUGAAGCCCAACCAGGCGAGGUUGGACCUCACCUUCAAGUUCUGCGUCGACGAAUUGUUGGUCCACCUCCACAAGGAUGCUGCAAAGAACAUCUUCUUUUGUUUCACCAACACUCGGUGAGUUUCUGACUUCUCAGUGGACGAAAUUGAACAGCUGAGUCACAUUUGGUACUGUCAGCCUUCUCGAAUCAACUAGAGAACGGUUCAAAAAGAUCGCGAAAGGCACUAGAAAAAACUUGCGUUUAUCGCUUUCACGCCGGAAGAGAUUGACUUUAUAUGACAGAUUUUCAGAGCUUCACACUACGAGCCAGGCGAGUCACUGGGUGCACUGAGGACCCAUUUGAAGAGCUUGGACACCCGGGACGUGCACAUCCCCUUGGAGCAAAACUACUUCUGCUACGACAACGAGUGCUUCCGUUACUUGUGCGCCAAGAGCCGCGGUCUUCCCAUGACCGAGAGAGAAGAGACGGAGAACAGCGAGAGUUGGGACAAGGCCUUCAGCGAGACGAAGCGACUUUUUGAGAGAGUCGCCAAAACCAAAGUGCACAAGAUGAGCGAAACCUUAUGUCUCAACAACACCAGGUUAACAGACUAACUCAAGAAGAAAAUCAAGUGAAAACUAUUCAGAACCGCCACGAUCUGUCUUUCCCGUCCCUUGGUCGAGAUCAUGAAGCUUCAAAUCUCAAACUCGGCCCUUAUCGAAAAGAAAAUCCAGGAGGUGGAAAACUGCAAGACUCAGGAGGAUAUGUUGAAAUGUUCGUUUUAUUGAAAAGUCAUAGACAACUGAAAUGAUUAAAUACCGAAUUCUGAGAAAAUCUGGUCGAGUUUUAAAUAUAUGAGUGCGCGGCGGUCGCGGUGCGGCUCAGUGUGAAAAAUCAGAGAUUUUUUCAAAGCAGUCGCUAGAUUUUCGAGUCAUUCCCAGCGCGAAUCCUUCAUAACCUAUAAAGCCCAUAAUCCAAUGGCUGUAAGGGGAUUAAGCCCGACUGGAAACGACUUGCGCUCGGUGGCACUGAAAAGUGUUAGAGCGACGCUCUGAUACAAACAAGACCAUUAAAGCUCAAAAUUCAGUGGAUCUCAACGUCAACCUGCCUGAAAUCAAGGUCGAGCAACUAAACAGACCCAACACGGUUUGCACAAAAUGCGUGAGUUACGUCGACGUUCCUGGAACCGACCAGAAAAACACCGUCUACGACACCAUCUGCCACAACGGGUGUUUCCUCAGCGGCGUUCAGGUUGAAAUUCCGAGCCGGAACGAUUCGAAACGGCCAAAAUAAUUCAGGUCGACACGUGCCCCAACGGGAUUUUGAGAAACUGCGCGGCGAUGAACUCGACGGCAUAUUGUCAAAAUUGCGGCUGCGGCUGGGAGAAGCACAUGCACAUACGGUAGGUAUAUACCAUUGUUGCGUCCGACCGGAAGCAGCCUACGCGCGAUGACACACUUCAAAACAAAAGGAAAAGUCAGGGAAUGUCCGGCGCAACCGAGAGUCUGAUUCCCAAGCAAAUUGGGCCAUUCCGUGCGGCUUCCCGGCGUUUGGAGUGUAGGAAAAUCAUGUAGAGCUUUUUCCAAAACAGAGCGAUUUUUUUAAUGAAAGUUUUUUUUUUGAAGUUAAUCCACUUUUCAUGGGAAUCCAUUUUUUCUCAUAAAAUCAAUCUUUUAGAAAACGAUCGAUUCUUACAUGAUCGGAAGAUAUUGAGCUAAAAAGCCGCAUUGUUGAUUAUUACCAGCUUUUUCCGAACUUUCGGUUGAAAAAAAGUUAAUUUUUCAUUUUGAUCCAAUAAUUAUGUGAAUUCGUGUAUUUUCCAAAUCGCGAAAAAUAUUUCUCACGUUUUUACUUGUAUGAAAUCCUACUCCACUUGCAGGUACAAGAUUACAUACGUGAUGAAGACGGAGGAGGAUCCGGAAGUGAAUAAAAUGAUCGCUGACAAGGGAAAGACGCAAGAAACGUGCAACUUCUUCAUCAAUAAGCAGAAGACGAAGGUUUGAAAUGGACAUAUUGAGUGGAUAACAACUCAGUGCAACUUGGGCGGGGGUGCUGUCGGCUCCAAGUGUGAAAUUGGCUGUCGCCAUUCAUGCUCAUCGUAUGAAUGCAUGAGAAAAUGGAAUGAGAAGAAACGGCUCAAAAAAUUGUGAAAAUGCGCUCCACAGCUAAGAAAGUCUCAUGGGAGCGUUAGCAGCUUAAACUGCAACAAAAUUCGACUUUUUAUAGUUGAAAGUAGACAAAAGGGGUACAAACUUGGCCGUCGCCGUUCAUGCUCAUCGCAUGUAUGCUUUGAAAAAAAAAAAAAAGAAACGGCUCGAAAAAUUGUGAAAAUCCGCUCCAUAGCUAAGGAAGUCUUAUUGGGGACGUUUCAGCUGUCCGAAAUGGAUGCCGAGGUGAGAAAGAUGGGCGAAUACGCCGUCGAUUUCGCCUCGUUCCUCAAGGGCAACUGCAUGAUCAUGCACAACGACUCGUACCGACAAUCGCUGGCGCACGAGAUCGAGAUGGAGGAGAACAAGUCCAAAAUCAGCGGGGAUAAGACUCUUUUGAAAAAGUUGCGAGAUGAGAUCGCCAAGCACGACAGUGAGGUGAGAAUUGUAAAUUCAAAUUCCCGGCUUUUUUUCGAAGUUUUUUACCGCCAUGAAUAAUUUCUCGCGACCUCACUGCAAAAGUAAUGUACGAAAAAAGGAAAAAAAACCUCCCUUCAGAAAAGAAAGUUUCAGGUGGCACUGCUCAAUGAUAGUGUGAAAGUUGGAACGAAGCAGCCAAAGUCUCAGCAAGAAGUCGAAAGAAUGAUCAGGGAGCUCUCGAAUCUCCGACACAGUGGAGCUCAAAUCGAAGCGCUCAAGAACAUGGAAUUGAUGUCGUAAGUUGGAAGUUAUUCAAAGAUUUCUAGGCAAAGUCGGAAAGAGCAUCUAAAGACCCAGACUUUUUCUAAAUGUUGAAAAAGCUACUUCUUACGCGCCAUUCAGUCAGCUUUUUUUUCUCACUUUUUCCACCACUAUCUUCACAUUGGCUGACAGAAAAAUUGAAGUCCCUAAAAGGACGUUUUUGGGGCCUUUUUUGAGCCUCUCCCUUAUAACGGCCAUUAUCCACCAUUCCGACUUUGCCCGGGUCCAGUUUAAUUUUAAAAAAAAAGCCUUUUGGAAAGAAGAAACACUUGUUUCAGAGCUCAAGAGUCUUCCGGAUUGGGCUCGACCAGAAUCGCCUUGAAACCUUUGCCACCGCCGGACCAGAAAAGGAAGCCAGCUCAAAAAGGUCUGUUCCAACGAGGCCGUGAAGCAUUAGCAAGAGCAGGAUAUUGA